AUGCAUACAGAUCCCAGCGAAUAUGCCACACCACUCAACCGGGCAUUUAGCCACUUUUCAUUCUCGGCGCGCAAGUUUAUUGACCGCUGCGAGCGUUCAUUGCACCACACAAAUCGAAGUCCACUCUUAAGCGAUGAAGAGCAACAUAAGCCGUGGUUUGUCACCAACAAGGUACACGUUCGCGAGUGUCUUGCGGAACUUUUAGGCACCUUUGUCAUGAUUUGUUUUGGAAUGGGUGUCAACAACCAAGUGAGUUUGUCCGAAGAAACCAAUGGCACAUGGCUCAGCAUUAACAUGGCAUGGGGUAUUGGUGUUCUUAUGGCAGUCUAUUGCUCUGAAGGGGUCAGUGGUGCGCAUUUAAAUCCGUCUGUCACCCUUGCGCAUUGUGUGUAUGGCCGUCUAGCGUGGUGGAAGAUGCCAGGGUAUUGUUUAUCGCAGUUUUUGGGGGCGUUCACGGGUGCAGCAGCGAUUUACCUGCUUGAUUACCAAAGAAUUCAAAAAGUGGACCCAAAUUUGGAUAGAACACAAGGGAAUUUCGCCACGUAUCCGAAUGACGACAUCAGUAAUUAUACGGCAUUUUAUACAGAAGUCUUGGCGACAGGGAUGCUGCUGUUGUGUAUUUAUGCAAUCACAGAUCAGCAUAAUCGUUCUCCCGGUACAGUGGGUACGCCGUUCGCAUUUGCUCUUAUGAUCAUGGCUCUUGGAAUGAGUUUUGGUAUGAAUACGGGUUACGCAAUGAAUCCUGCUCGAGACGUUGGACCUCGUUUUUUUACGUACUUGGUUGGAUACGGCUCAAAAGUAUGGACGGCUAGAAACUACUACUUUUGGAUUCCUAUUGUUGGUCCUCUCGUUGGUGGAGUAAUUGGAGCAGGAAUGUAUACUCUUUUAGUACAGGUUCAGCACCCACAUGAGCAUGAGAUGUAA